AUGAGUGAGUACAAUGAAGCCAAAGAAACUUUAGAAAUCUUGCAUGAGAUUUCUCAAAUAUUAAAUACAGGCCUAGACAAGUCAACUCUUUCGAUUUUAGUCAGUCUUUGUGAAAAUGGAGUCAAUCCUGAAGCUCUUGCAGCUGUUGUUAAAGAACUCAAAAGAGAAGCCGCGGCACUAAAAGCAGGGAGUGGGAAGAGUUAA